AGAGACAAAAAUAAGUUAUGAGAGAGGUUUUUUGAAUUAUAAAACAAAGAGAACAAACACAAAUCUUAACAAAAUUUAAACAAUCAAAGUAACACGUGUUCAAAUACUAUUAGCCAAGUGUGUAACGCUCUUUGUGUUCUCGUCCACAUAGAAACAUUUCCCUCGCAAUAGUCCUCUCGAAGUCCCAUUUCUUCUUUCUUCUUUCUUCUUCAUUCCAUUUCCUUCUCGGACACACUCUUUCUCUCUCUCUCUCUGCAACAACAAACAAAGCUUGUUAUCCACUACAACCGCAUGUAAAUUAUUCCGGUACAACCACGUCUCAAGACCGUUCAGUUUUCAACAUGUAUCUCUCUUCGGAGAAGACUCGUUCAGUUGAUUUCUACAAGGAAGGAGUUGGCGGUGGCGGUGGCGGCGGCGGUGGUGGUGGUGGUGGUGGAGAAGAAGAAGAAUCAGAUAGAGAUAUGAUGAUGGAGGUUGUUGUUACUAAUGGUGUCUUGGGUUCUCACCCGAGGAACCAAACCCAGAAUCAGAACCAGAACCAGAACCAGCUUCAGCAACAGAUGAUUCUGGGUGAGAAUAGUAGUGGAGGAGAAGAGCACGAGGUUAAAGCCCCAAAGAAGAGAGCGGAGACUUGGGUUCAAGAAGAGACUCGAAGCUUAAUUGGGUUUCGAAGAGAAGUUGAUGGGCUUUUCAAUACUUCGAAAUCUAAUAAACACUUGUGGGAACAGAUCUCCUCUAAGAUGAGGGAAAAGGGUUUCGAUCGUUCACCAACUAUGUGUACUGAUAAAUGGAGGAAUUUGCUUAAGGAGUUUAAGAAAGCUCGGCAUCAAGUCAAAGUGGGUAGUAGGUCGGCCAAGAUGUCUUAUUAUGAGGAUCUUGAGGAGUUGCUUAGGGAUAGGAACAAGAACAGUUCUUCAACUACUACUGUUUCCACUUCUGCUUACAAGAGUCAUACUCCUCCUCCUAAAGUUGAUUCCUUUAUUCAUUUCUCUGAUAAGGGUCUUGAGGAUGCCAAUAUACCUUUUGGACCAAUUGGAGCUACAGACCGAUCAGCAGUCAAUUUGGAAAGACGACUGGAUCAUGAUGGUGAUCCUCUUGCUAUCACUGCAGCUGAAGCAGUUGUAGCUAGUGGAGUUCCACCUUGGAAUUGGAGAGAGGCACCUGGUAAUGGAGCAGAGAAUCCACCUCCAUUUUGUGGAAGAAUCAUAACGGUCAAGUUGGGAGAAUAUAGCAAAAGAAUUGGUAUUGAUGGAAGUGCUGAGGCAAUAAAGGAAGCAAUCAAAUCUGCAUUCAGAAUAAGAACAAAGCGUGCAUUUUGGCUCGAGGAUGAAGAUGAGGUGGUCCGGAGUCUUGAUAGGGAUAUGCCUCUGGGAAACUAUACUCUGCAUCUUGAUGAAGGAAUUACUAUUAAACUUUGCUUUUAUGAUGAGUCGAACCGUGGAGUGGUUCGUGACGAAGCAGUAACAUUCUAUACCGAGGAUGAUUUCCGUGAUUUCCUAACUCGCCGUGGGUUGACUGGUUUUAGAGAAUUAAGCGGCUACCGGUGUAUUGAUUGCUUGGAUGAUCUUCAAUCUGGUGCAAUGUAUCAAGGGAAGAACUCUACCUAUUCCUUGCCACUCAUCUCGUGAAGUAAUGUGAUCAUCAAGGCUCUCUUUCUCGAAAUCAACGGUUGUUAAGCCACAUCUCAAUGCCAACUUACUACUCUUCAUUCAAGACUUUUUGGUUAUAAUGCCGUUAUGUAUAUAAUUAAGCUUUUUUAAUAGAGCAUUGUUAUUUCACUUUAAUUACCACACAAUACUCAUAUGGUGUCUUUAACUCUUUAUAAUUAGUUAAUAAUUUUUUUUUAUUAUUUAUUAAAUUAAAAUGUGUUGAACUCAACAUUAAAAUGUACCAAUAUAUGCCUUGACAAUUUAUAAAAUCACUUAUGAA